AUGGAGUUUGAUCUUGAAAACCCUUUGACGAGCUUGAAAGAACACCAAUCUGAUACCAUCCCAGAUCUCUUUGCCUCUGAAUCUGAUCAUAUGCCGUCAAGAAAUUUCCUACACUGCUUGAAAAGCUCUGACUUCUUUGUCUCUUUUCGUCAAGAAGCCAUCUCUCUCAUUUUACAGGCACAAUAUUCUUGCAACUAUGACCCCUUCAUAUCUUACCUUGCUGUUAAUUACAUGGAUCGAUUCAUUUGCAGGCAAGAAAUUCCGCAAGGGAAGCCAUGGAUUCUUAGACUUCUAGUAAUCUCUUGCCUUUCUCUAGCUGCAAAGAUGAAGAACACACACUUCUCAGUCUCCAAUUUUCAGGGAGAGGAAGCUGGUUUCAUCUUUGACACACAAACUACACAUCGCAUGGAACUUCUCAUACUUGAUGCCUUGAAUUGGAGAAUGAGAUCGAUUACACCUUUCUCUUUUGUGCAUUUCUUUAUUUCUGUACUUGAACUCAAAGAUCUAUCAUCCUCACAACCUCUCAAAGAUAGAGCUACAGAGAUUAUUUUAAAAGCUCAAAAUGAGAUUAAGUUUCUAGAGUUCAAGCCAUCUAUUAUUGCAGCAUCAGCCCUUCUUGUAGCAUCCAACGAACUACUCCCAUUGCAAUUCCCUUCUCUCAAGUGCUCAAUUUCCUCUUGUGAAUUUGUAAAUAAAGAGAAGCUGCUAAAAUGCUUUAAUGCAGUGCAAGAAAUGGUGGAGAUGGAAUGGUGCGAGUCAAUGUUAGAUACAAUGUCAUGCACCAGAACCCCAUUGAGUGUGCUAGACGGGCAUUUUACAAAAUCAGAGAGUGAGACCACUGGCAUCACCAUCAGCACCACCACCAUCACCAAUGGCAGUACAGUGCCAGAGAUCAAGCGGCGAAAAUUGAAUAGCUACUACAGCAGCAAGUGA